CGGUGCGGUGCGUUUGGUCGGCGUUUUGAUUUAGCCGGUUUUGGCCCAAUGGCCGAGGCGGAGGAGGAGCCAGAUGUCACCAGCAUCAUCGCCGCGGCCGGGGAUGCCGCAGGCAUCGCGGAGGUGCAGGCGGGCGGAGGCCAAGUCGCGGCUGCUGAGGCGGCCGCCCGAGCGGUGGUCAAGGCGGCAGACGAGCAUGGCGUACUACUGCCUGAGCUGACGGAUGUCAUCGGCCUUUCGGCGGCGCGGAGCGCCAUGCACGCAAUCUCUGUUGAGGACCCCACCUUGACGAUCUCCGAGAUCGCGCGAUGCCUCACGCCGGAGGCACUCUCUCAGCUGAAGGGCGAGACGCGGAGGCGGACGGAGCGCAAUGACAAGAUCACGCCGAACGAGCUCAAGAAGAUCUUCCGGCAGAUCGGGCUGGACCUCAACGACGAUGCGUGGCCCCAGGUCUUCCACGAGCUGGACCGAGAUGCCUCGGGCCGCAUCAGCUACUCGGCAUUCGUGGACGCUUUGGAGAGGGCGGAAGAGGAGUGCCGCCAGUGCGGGGUGGCGGCCGCCAUGGCGGCAGGCACCACCCUGGGCCAGGCGGCCGUGAAUUCAGGCCUCGGGGCGCGGGAGGCGGCGGACUGCGCCGCCGGGGCGGCGCUGCGGGCCGCCACGGAGUUCGGCAUGGCGCCGGCGGACGCAGCUGUGCUCGGGGGCCGGGCAGCAGCCAAGCUGGCGGCGGAGCAGAACUUGGACCGCGCGCAGGCCGCGGACGCGGCGGCGGAGGCGGCGGGCAUGCACAGCUUGCGCGCGGCGGUGGAGGCGAAGCUGACGCUGGAGCAGUGCGCCGAUGAGGCGGCCAUCGCCGCCUCCGCGGCGGCGGAGGAGGCGGGGAGCACUGCCCAGCACGUGGCGGAGGCCUCGGCCCGCGCGGCGGGCAUCGCCGCAGGCGAGAUCGCAGCGGACUCCGGUAACACGGCCAUGAAGUCCGCCGAGAUUGCCGCCAAGGCGGCCACCAAGUCGGCGGCGGCGGCCGGGCUGCCGCCCUACCAGGCGGUGGACGCCACCGCCACCGCGGCCGCAAGGUCGGCGGCGCGGGCGGCCAUCAACGCCGGGCACCCCUACCUCAUCGUGGCGGAGGUGACGCGCCAGCUGAAUGCGCAGCUGGUGGAGAACCUCAGGGAGGCACAUCAAGGCAAGGACAUGCUCACGGUGCCGGAGCUGAAGGACCUCUUCAGCCAGGCCAACAUUGAUAUACAUGAGGACACCUUGCGGCAGGUCUACGAAGAGAUGGGGGCGGACCCCAAUGGCCAGCUCAGCUUCGAGUCCUUCUUCCAGGCGCUGGAGAAGGCCCAUUCCACCUUCAUGGAGGCGGGCCUGGCCGCGGCGAACCUGGCGGGCCGCGUCAUGGGCCAGGCGGCGGCCGAUGCGGGGGACGACCCCGAACAGGCGGGGGAAGUGGCCGCCAACGCAGCCACUGCAGCUGCCAAGACCGCGGGCCUGUCGGAGCAGCAGGUGGCCGAGGUGGCGGUGGCCGCUGCGGGCCACGCGGCCGGCAGCGCCGCACUGGCUGCGGGGGGUACCCCGGAGCACGUGGCCUAUGUGGCCGGCCAGGCCGCCAUCAACGCGGCCACUACGGCCGGGUUGAACACGCAGCUGCUUCCACAGGUGAUCGUGCCGGUUUUUGCACGCGCAGCAGGCCGCGCUGCUGCUCAGUCGAACGGCCGGGACACGGCGGCGUGCUGCGAGCGAGCGGCCAAGGCUGCCACGGAGGCAGGCGAGAAGCUGGCCUUUAUGACGCAGGAGCAGGUUCAGGAGGCUGCGGAAGCCGCCUCCAACGAGGCCUCCCGGGUCUUCGCCGCUGGGGGUCCCAAACCUGCGCCAGGCAGGGAUGCUGGCAGAGGGCGAGCCAGUGGGACUGGCGCAACUGGAAGAGGUCGCGGGACCUCCACCUCCAGCACCCCCGCUAGGCCGGCUCCGAAGCCGAAGCCCGCAGCCAAAAAGGCGGCGGCUCGGCCUGCGCCUGGCGCGAAGGCGAAGCCGAAGCCCAAGGCGGCGCCCAAGGAGGCGCCGAAGGCGGCCCCCAGGCCCAAGCCGAAGGCCGGGUCUGUGACCAAUAGCGCGCGGAGUGCAACUCGGCCCGAAUCCGCUGGCCUGCGGAGCGCCGAGUCGACCCAACGGAGCCAAGGACCAGACGGAGGCGAGGAGCCUGCCCCCAAGGCAAAGGCCAAAGCAAAGUCCUCGAGCAAAAUCCCGUCAAAUGCAAGACUGGAUAAGGUGGACAAAGUGCCGUCUGAGAAAGCACAGGCGCCCGAGCCAGCCCCGGCUGCCGCGGCGCCGGAGCCGUCGCCGGCGCCGGUGGCAGCGCCGGCGCCGGCGCGGGUGACCAUGCCAUCUGCGACGCUCAAUGGCGACACAUCACCGAAGAGACAUGGCUCGGGGGUAGCAUCGAUCAGGAUGGAGGUGGAGAAGGAGCCCUCCUUGGCAACAGGUAGAACGGCUGUGUCGCAAACGCAGCCGCCCCUCAAGGCCGUGCCGCCGAUCCCGGCCAGCAUCCGUGUCACCCAGGAUGGGCGACAGAUGCUUAUGGAGCCAGUGGCGGCGCCCUUCCGGCAGUACACCGCGCAGUGCGGCAGCUCCCUACAGGUGCCAACGCAGGUGCAGCGCUUCUACACGCCGUAUGUGGUCUCCAGACCCGCCAGCGCCACCAUCCCGGUGGCGCCGGGCAACAGCAUCUCUGUGAUGGCCCAGCUGUCGCCGUCCAGCGUCUUUAGGUCUCCCAGCCAGCCGGCCAUGGUGCCGGGCCCGCGGCACAGUUUGCGGGCCCCGGUCUCGAUGGCCCCGUGCGUGCCGCAGCUGCCGCUGCCGCAGCUGCCGCAGCCCUUGCCCCCGAGCCUCCGCACCUCGGUCCCAGCAGCGAGCUCCGUGCGGACCCUGCCGGGCAGUGGCACAAACAGCCUGGCGCCGUCCAACGUGCCGGCGCCCUACGCCAGGUCCAUGCCGGGUAGUUUCUCCUCCACCCCGGGGAGAUACCAGCCCAUGGUGGUGACAUCUCCCCCGCCGCAGAUGCGGGUCAUCGAGCCACCGCCCGUGGGCACAAUGACGGCGCCACCACCCACAGUCACUCGCUUUGAGACCAACCAGGGCUGGCCGGGAGUGAAUACCGCCUCCUGGAGGACCCUUGCCGAGCCGGUGGCUGGCGGCAUGGCACAGCCCUACCAGCCCUUUUCGCAGUACAUGGCGUACCCGCCAAACACCGUGUACCAUUGCCCCUCUACCAUGGUUCCAGCGGCCCAGUGAGGAGUUUGCCUGCCUGGCCUUGGAUAUUUUGCGACCCGUGAGAGGGGCGUAAGGCCACACGGAACCUAGGCA